AUCCGUUGCCCUACUAUGGUCAUAUUGCGCACGGCUGCGGAAGGCGGAGCUGAAGGCGGUAUGAAAGGCACACAUGCCUCGUCUCAUUCUCCGCCUCUCUACAGCAAAAUGGCGACUGUUGACUACGAAUCGUCCGUGGAUCCAGAGAUGGACUUAACCAGCGACGAGGAGUUAGAGAGGGAAGCUGAAGGCUUCAAAGAGCAGGGAAACGCAUAUUAUGUCAAGAAGGACUACGCUGAAGCGUUCAACUUCUACACCAAGGCCAUCGACCUGUGCCCGAAAAAUGUCAGUUACUAUGGCAACCGUGCAGCCACAUUGAUGAUGCUGAGUCGCUACAGAGAGGCGCUGGAGGACUCCCAGCAGGCCGUGCGACUAGAUGACACCUUCAUGAAGGGCCACAUGCGUGAGGGCAAGUGCCACCUGCUGCUUGGCAAUGCUAUGGCCGCCAGCCGCUGCUUACAGAAGGUUCUAGAGCUGGAACCAGAUAACAGCCAGGCCCAGCAGGAGCUGAAGAACGCAGAGUCCAUCUUGGAGUACGAGCGCAUGGCUGAGAUCAGCUUUGAAAAGCGAGACUUCAGGAUGGUGGUGUUCUGUAUGGAUCGGGCGUUAGAGUCUGCAUCUGCAUGUCACAGGUUCAAGGUGUUGAAAGCAGAGUGUCUGGCUCUGCUGGGCCGCUACCCAGAAGCCCAAUCUGUUGCCAGUGACAUAUUGCGGAUGGAUUCCACAAAUGGCGAUGCCCUCUACGUGCGGGGAUUAUGUCUGUACUAUGAAGACUGCAUUGAUAAAGCUGUGCAGUUUUUCAUUCAAGCACUGCGCAUGGCACCAGACCAUGAGAAGGCCCGUCUGGCCUGCAGAAAUGCUAAAGCCCUAAAGGCGAAGAAAGAAGAAGGCAACAAAGCUUUUAAAGAGGGCAGUUAUGAGGAAGCAUAUGACCUAUACUCUGAGGCGCUGACCAUCGACCCAAAUAACAUCAAAACCAACGCCAAGCUAUACUGCAACCGAGCCACUGUUGGAUCCAAGUUAAACAAACUGGAGCAGGCCAUUGAGGACUGCACAAAGGCUAUUAAACUGGAUGAGACCUAUAUUAAGGCUUAUUUGAGAAGAGCCCAGUGUUACAUGGACACACAACAGUAUGAAGAGGCUGUCAGAGAUUAUGAGAAGGUUUAUCAAACAGAGAAGACUAAAGAACAUAAGAACCUGUUGAAGAACGCUCAGUUAGAGCUGAAGAAAAGCAAAAGAAAAGAUUAUUAUAAGGUUCUGGGGGUGGAUAAAAACGCCACUGAAGAUGAAAUCAAGAAAGCCUAUCGCAAACGAGCGCUGAUGCACCACCCGGACCGACACAGUGGAGCGAGUGCUGAGGUGCAGAAAGAGGAAGAGAAAAAGUUUAAGGAGGUGGGAGAGGCCUUCACUGUGCUCUCUGACCCCAAGAAGAAGUCCCGCUAUGACAGCGGCCACGACCUGGAAGAUGAUGACAUGAACAUGGACUUUGAUGCCAACAACAUCUUCAAAGCGUUCUUUGGUGGCCCCGGUGGGUUCAGUUUCGAAGGUAAUUCAUCAUCUGGACCAGGAAAUUUCUUCUUUCAGUUCGGUUAACUUGGCAGAUUCCAGCAUGUAUGCAGUAGUUCCACAACCCCUGAAUUCCCCUGAACCGGACUGCUCCCCUUCAUCCCUGCUCUCUGAUGUACUACUACACUCUGGUGUAACGGACCUUCGGGCCCCACAGUUGGACCUGCGUCUGUGCCAUUGACUUGUUUUACUGCUUACGCACAAAGACAACAACGGCAGGGGCAUGACCAUUCUGUACCAGAAAAACAACAUGAUGCAUUGCACAAUUCUCUCUCUGAUCAGUGUCCUUUUUGGCCCUUGUAAUCCAGCUCUAGUUUUAUUAUUUCGUUUUUUUAUUUUUAAUCUACUAUAUCGAAUGUACCCGACUGCAUUGUCAUUUUCACAUUCAUCAUUUUGAAAAUCAAUUUUGAAUUUUUCAGUUCUCAAAAGCUGCGACCACAAAUUGAGUUGAUGUUGGGGGGGAACAUAAAAAGGCAAAUCUGCCGUUUCUCCCUGACUCUGCAUAGGAGUAUUGUAAUACUCUAAUCUCAUUUCCCAUCAGCCCCCUAGACAGCCCCUCUCCCAAGCAUUUUACUGAUUCACAUAGUCCAAAUCCAAAGGAAGUCAGAAAAAACACGGGUUAGUACAAGAAUUCAUUACUGCUAGUGACGUAUAGAUUGUUUAAAUGUGUAUAAAGCCAGAAUUCACACAGAUAUAUUUAUGCAACAUUGCAAACCAUUUUAAAGACCUCAGUAAAUAUAUGUGAAUGCAGUGCCUCAUGCCAAAACCCAUUGUAAGAAUAACGCUGGUUCUCAUUCGACAAUUCCGGCAUGCAUUUGGAUUGUUGGACUACUGCAUACAGAAGUUCAGGGAGAGCGAGUUCAUUGGAGCACCUGUUGGCCACUCUCCACCCUCUCUGUAAGGUUCAUUUGUCAAUGUUGCCAUCCAACCCUUUGCUGCAUUGUACAUUUUACUGGAAUGUAAAGUGUUUCUUUGUGUUGAUAGUUUAUGACUGUUGAAUUUUUUUUAACUAUGAAAUACACUCACUUUUUUGAUAUGUAUAUUUAUUGUAAAUUCGCUGGAUGUGAGCUUCGGACGGAUGGGUGAUCUUUAAAUACACUAGGAUCUGCACUCUUAUAGGUUAAACCCAGGGAGAGACUAUAUGCUUGGCUAGCACUCUUGCCAACUUCUGAAUUAGAGAGCCUCCGGAGGGAAUGAUGACAGAAGUUAAUUGAUCUGGUUAUUUGUGGACUCACACACAGUGUAUGUAAUGUUGAUCUAUGUAAACUGCAGGCAUGAUCAGUGAGCCAUGUUUGGUGAUCUCUCCCAUUUUAAUUAAAUGUUCCUUCACAUUGAAUCGCUGACGAUUUGUGCUCCAGCAUUCCCUUGUUUAUUUGACCCGACCGUGUACUAAAAUGUUUUGUCUGGAAUACUUUCAUAUUGUUUAUCUUGAAAGAUCUUCAGUGUAUUCAAACGUCAACGUCCAUGCUGACUUUGCUCACUCCGCUGGAACAGUCUUGACUAUGGACCGUUUUUAAAAAGCCAUGUAAAUAAAGUAAGCCUCUUUCUGUUUUCCCCUUCA